CCCGACUAUUCGCUUAUAAGCGUGUUACGUAAUGACGUAACACUACUUACGUUAUGGUUUUUGUCAUGUGACUUUCUCAGUGACGUAUGCGGAAGCAGUAGUCAAAACAACCAGAUCAGAACCAUGCCAAUCACGUCCUGAUGCACCCUGGAGAAAUGUCAGUCUUUCCAAAAAUCUCCCUGAAGCCAGAAGUGACAGAAUAUCUUAGAAAUGUCUUCCUAAACAAAGAGGUGUUAGCUGCUGUGGAUACCCAGGAGGCAGAAAGUCGUUUCCAGAAGCUGCUCACGUGUUUGUCUCACCCGCCUUCUUCCACAUGUGUGCGAGCCAGCACUCACCUGGCUCCUCUGGAAGAUAUCAGGCUCAGUCUGGAGAAAGAGCUCGAGAAGCAGCAGAAAUGCGGCUCGUCAGCAGAAGUACCGUCUGUCCAGAUUGUUUCACACCCAAGAAUCACAGAUGUGCUGCUGCUUCCUGUUGACGGCCCGAGGGCGGUGGAGCGGCUGAGCUCUGAGUUGGUGGUGGGCGCUCAGUGUGGCAGCGCCGUACUGAGAGGAGCUCAUGUCUUCGCCCCAGGGAUCGUCGCCAGCCCCAAGUACAUGAAGGCGGGAGACAUGGUGUCGGUCUUCUCUGAUUUAGAAGGAAGGUGUACUCGUGGAGCGACAAGCUUCCAGGGAAACAAGGUGUUUGUGGGGAAUGGAGUUGCCGAGAUGGAUCGGUCGGCCAUCUUCGCCACUGAAACCCCGGCCAGAGGUGUGGGUGUUCGGAUGGUGGAUCCACUUUACAAGAGUCCCUCCUUCGACGGUGUUCUGCCCAGCAUGGUGUUCCUGCAGAACCUUCCGUCUGUGGUGGUGGGGCAUGUGCUCACGCCCCAACCUGGAGAACGAAUCUUGGAUAUGUGUGCUGCCCCUGGAGGGAAGACGUGCCACAUUGCUGCCCUCAUGGGGGAUAAGGGAGAAGUUGUGGCCUUGGACAGAAUCCGAAACAAGAUCGACCGCAUUCGUCAGAACGCACAAAUGCUGAGUUUGCAGAGCAUCAAAGCUUUCUGCUUCAACAGCACUCAGGCUGUUAGUGACGAGCCAAAACAGGAAGCUGAAGGACCUCCCUUCCCUCCGGAGAGUUUCGACCGGGUUCUGCUGGACGCUCCCUGCAGCGGCCUGGGUCAGCGGCCCAACAUGGCCAGCACCUGGAGCCUGAAGGAAUUCUGCUCCUACCCGCCGCUGCAGCGCAAGUUGUUUCAGGCUGCGGUGCGGUUGUUGAAGAAAGGUGGAAUUUUGGUCUACAGCACCUGCACCGUGACUUUAUCAGAGAAUGAGGAGCAGGUAGCCUGGGCCCUCAACACCUUUCCCUGCCUCUCUCUGCAGCCACAGGAACCUCACAUCGGUUCAGAGGGCAUGCUGGGAGCCGGACUGUCACCUGAGCAACUACGCCUCCUCCAAAGAUUCAGUCCUGAGCUGAGCUGGGAGCAGACAGACACGACAGCGCCCCUCACCUGCAGGGCAGACACAGAUACCAUCGGCUUCUUUAUCGCCAAGUUCCUAAAAACAUGACUGGAGGAUAUGCUUUCUUGCACCCAGGCGGGGGGGAACUGUAUUGCUUACACUGACACACUGUGUUUACUUUGAUGGGCCAUAUAAAACGGGCAAACUCACUCUAGUUUACAGCAUCUGCCUCUUAACAGCUGCUCUUUAAAACUGCAGGCCAUAUAGGGAUAAGCUUUACAAACACAGAGCAGGAGAGGGAGGGAAACUGAAGGAGCACUAGCAAAUGCAGCAAUAGCAGCGCUGCGGUCGCCAUAACAACAGUGACGACACAGCUGCCAUGGUGACGGUGGAUUCAGGAAGUAGCUUACAGAAAGAGGUCAUAAGAGGUAUUAACAAUUCAUUGGUGGUGCAGACAACCGGGAUGUGUAAUUAGUCUGUCUGAUGCUCAAGUCUGCAGAGGAAAGUUAUGUUGUGUUCACUUUUUGUCACAUCUGCUCAUUGCCGUCUUCAUUCAGUUUUUAUAAACAGUGUGAAGAUUUAUUCAGUACUGAGAAACUGAAGUACUUUUUUAAUGCAAUAAAAAAAAUCUACAUGAAAAAAUGUAAACUUA